AUGACGUCCGAGCUGGAGGUAUCCAAGAAUGCGGCGUUCACUCCAGUGAGAGCGGCGUGGGACUGGGAUCUUUGUGGCUGCCGUGCAACACCUCUAGGUAUGACAGGAUCCCGAUAACAAGUUAUUGCAAGAUAUCAAAAACUGUGCUAGUGAGAAAGGGCUUUCGGAGACUGAAUACAAAACAUGGAUGGUAAGUUUUCCAACUUUCCUGUUUUUUACACGUUACUGAAGAUCAUAAACAAAAAACGAUUUCCACCUGGUAGACCCAUAGUAAAUAGCACAUGGACAGUCAUCCAACCCCACUAGAGAUCUUGGAUAAAUUUCUAAUAUAUUAUGUACCUGAACAGACGUACUAUAGUAUAGAUUCCACACACUUUUUUAAGAUUCUUGCAAAAUCUAAAAGAAUCUGUUUAAAACCUGAGCUCUACUCUUAGUCCCGAGAGCUUACUGAAGUUCAUCAUGGUUGACUAUAUUUAUUACCUAUUAUUAAAUUUAUAGAUGUGUGUAUGUAUAUAUAUAUAUAUAUAUAUAUAUAUAUAUAUAUAGUUUGUAUAUUAUAUAUAUUUUUUAAUAUUGUACCUUUCUGUAACAAUGCAAUGUUUUGUGGACCCAGGACAUACAUGAAAAUAAGAGAAAUCUCAAUGUAUCCUUUCUGGUAAAAUAUUUAAUAAAUAAAUAAAUAAAUAAUUUAUUUUUGUGGGUUUCAUUUUAUGUGUGCAUCUGCAGGACACAAAACUCUCAGGCAUAUGACCUCCAGAGACUUGAAGACAUAAUUCUGUGAGAUAAAUGUACAAGUAUUGAUGACAAUUAUUUAAGUCAAAUACCACAAAAAAAAAAAACCAAUAAACAAGCUAAGGCACAACUAAAGAACAGAAAAAACACAAAAUGUGCAGCAGAUACGAAAAUGAGUAUCAAGGUUAUAUACACUGCUCAAAAAAAUAAAGGGAACACUUAAACAACACAAUGUAACUCCAAGUCAAUCACACUUCUGUGAAAUCAAACUGUCCACUUAGGAAGCAACACUGAGUGACAAUCAAUUUCACAUGCUGUUGUGCAAAUGGGAUAGACAACAGGUGGAAAUUAUAGGCAAUUAGCAAGACACCCCCAAAAAAGGAGUGGUUCUGAAGGUGGUGACCACAGACCACUUCUCAGUUCCUAUGCUUCCUGGCUGAUGUUUUGGUCACUUUUGAAUGCUGGCGGUGCUUUCACUCUAGUUGUAGCAUGAGACAGAGUCUACAACCCACACAAGUGGCUCAGGUAGUGCAGCUCAUCCAGAAUGGCACAUCAAUGUGAGCUGUGGCAAGAAGGUUUGCUGUGUCUGUCAGUCUAGUGUCCAGAGCAUGGAGCGCUACCAGGAGACAGGCCAGUACAUCAGGAGACGUGGAGGAGGCCGUAGGAGGGAAACAACCGAGCAGCAGGACCGCUACCUCUGCCUUUGUGCAAGGAGGAACAGGAGGAGCACUGCCAGAGACCUGCAAAAUGACCUCCUGCUGGCCACAAAUGUGCAUGUGUCUGCUCAAAUGGUCAGAAACAGACUCCAUGAGGGUGGUAUGAGGGCCCGACGUCCACGGGUGGGGGUUGUGCUUACAGCCCAACACCGUGCAGGACGUUUGGCAAUUGCCAGAGAACACCAAGAUUGGCAAAUUCGCCACUGGCGCCCUGUGCUCUUCACAGAUGAAAGCAGGUUCACACUGAGCACAUGUGACAGACGUGACAGAGUCUGGAGACACCGUGGAGAACGUUCUGCUGCCUGCAACAUCCUCCAGCAUGACCGGUUUGGCAGUGGGUCAGUAACGGUGUGGGGUGGCAUUUCUUUGGGGGGCCGCACAGCCCUCCAUGUGCUCGCCAGAAGUAGCCUGACUGCCAUUAGGUACCGAGAUGAGAUCCUCAGACCCUUGUGAGACCAUAUGGCCCUGGGUUCCUCCUAAUGCAAGACAAUGCUAGACCUCAUGUGGCUGGAGUAUGUCAGCAGUUCCUGCAAGACGAAGGCAUUGAUGCUAUGGACUGGCCCGCCCGUUCCCCAGACCUGAAUCCAAUUGAGCACAUCUGGGACAUCAUGUCUCGCUCCAUCCACCAACAUCACGUUGCACCACAGACUGUCCAGGAGUUGGCAGAUGCUUUAGUCCAGGUCUGGGAGGAGAUCCCUCAGGGGACAAUCUGCCACCUCAUCAGGAGCAUGCACAGGAGUUGUAGGGAGGUCAUACAGGCAUGUGGAGGCCACACACACUACUGAGCCUCAUUUUGACUUGUUUUAAGGACAUUGCAUCAAAGUUGGAUCAGCCUGUAGUGUGUUUUUCCACUUUAAUUUUGAGUGUGACUCCAAAUCCAGACCUCCGUGGGUUGAAAAAUUUGAUUUCCAUUAUUUAAUUUUUGUGUGAUUUUGUUGUCAGCACAUUCAACUAUGUAAAGAACAAAGUAUUUCAGAAGAAUAUUUAAUUCAUUCAGAUCUAGGAUGUGUUAUUUUUGUGUUCCCUUUAUUUUUUUGAGCAGUGUAUAACAAGCAGCUUUUAAUAGAAAAAGGUGAGGUCAUUGAUCAGGUGGGUGUCUGCAGAAUGUAGAGAGCACUGAUGCAAGUCUGAUACAUCAAACCACGAGGAUGUAUUGUGACACCGGCAUUCGCAUCAUAAAAUGAUACGGGGCAACGGUACUCAUCAACAUCAGAAUUGCUAAGCGUUGAUGGAAUUCAGGAGUCUUUCAUAGUCAAUAGCCUUACAUGUAUGAUGAUAAUGAUACAAAAUAAUGGUAAAUGAUGGUAAUACGCACAGGAUGGAAAUUGUCAUGUCAAAUGUUUUUGAUGUAAAGCCAAGAAGAUGAUGAAGAAAAUUAAUAAAAGCCGUUUGAAAGGACAGUUACAGCGCAAAAUAACGAUUCUUUUUACCCUAAUACAAAUUAUUUAAAACACAGAAACAAAUUGUAGCUAUGACACAACAAUAAUCGAUGCUCUGGCAAGAACACCUGCAUAUGGAUAUGUUGGUAAAGGGAAGCUUUAAAAAGGAACACUCCACACACAUUUAAAAAAACGUCACCUUGUUACAUGUCUUCUUUAUUCAAUUUAUUAAGUGCUCAUUUCAAUAGAAAUUGGCAUAUUUCUAAAUAAUGCUUGUUACAUCCCCCCAGAUGCUCCUGUAACUACCUGGUAGCUUAGGUCCACAGUGCUAAAUUCUAUAGUUAUAUAGGUGAAUAGUUAUGCACAUUGACUUUUUCUGUAAUUUUGUCCUAUUUGUUGUUUGCUUCACAAUAAAAAAAAAAAAAAUCUUCAAAGUUGUGGGUAUGUUCUGUAAAUUAAAUGAUGCAAAUCCUCAAACAAUCCAUGUUAAUUCCAGGCAACAAAACAUGAAAAAUGCCAAGGGGGGUGAAUACUUUUGCAAGGCACUGUAUAUAAUUUUAUUCAGGAGAAAUAUGGCUUUCAUUAAACAUCAAAUAUUUAGCUAUGAAACAUAAUUUAAUAUGAAUAAAAUAUAAAAAAUUAGAGAAAUAAAGAUCUUUUGUUAUAUAUUUUUGUUCUGCAUGACAUUUUAACUGUGAAUGUCGUAAUACGGUUUGCUUUUACUGCAAUAAAAUACACAUAUUUAUGUUCAGCAAUGUCUCACGUGUAAAACAGUACCCCCAAUGUACAGGUUUUAUGGUGUUUUGGGAAGUUACAGGGUCAAAUGUAACAUGUUGCAUUUUUCAGUUUUUUCACAUUGAAAUUCGUCAGAUUGGUUACGUUGCCUUUGAGACCGUAUGGUAGCCCAGGAAUGAAAAUUACUGCCAUGAUGGUAUAACAUUUGCAAUAGUAGAAAACCCAGGGUAUUGCAAAUGGGGUAUGUCCAGUCUUUAUAAAUCAUAUGUAGACCGUGACAGAAGAACACCUCCUUCAUACCAAGUUGAUCAACUCAUCUGAUUAUACACCUGAUAUCUAAAACUACUGUGUCCUUGCAAGAAUUUGGUCCUAAAUACAUUGGUCCAUUCUGUAUUAAGGAGAUUAUCUCUCCUGUUGUAGUUCAAUUUUGCCUCUUCAUUACUUCCAUCCUUACAUGUAUCAUGUAUACAUGUAAAAUACCUUCCCAGAUCGGGUCAUCCCUCCUCCAGCUCCCAUGAUAGUUGCUGGGGAACCUGAAUAUGAAGUACAGGACAUCCUUGACUCCCACAUUUGAAGGGGGAAUCUUGGAUAUCUGAUGCAUUGGAGAGGAUACGGUCCAGAAGAGAGGUCCUGGGAACCUGUAAAUAACAUCAAUGCUCCUCGCCUACUCCGGAAGUUUCAUCUCCGACAUCCUUCUCGUCCUGGUUCUGGUAGUCUGCGGAGGUGACUCCUUAUACAGGGGGGUACUAUCAGGCCCUUGUCCCCUCACUCACCUACCUCGUGCUCCCACACCGUGUCUCUCACUCACUCCACGAGGAUGCCGUGUCAGAGGUCAGUUCAAUCACUCACGUCGACUGCUCAAGUUCAUGCGAACAGCACCUCUGUUCACACAAAUGUUCAUUACCAGACACAGUAGGAAGAACUCCAUGCGUAUGAAAGCCACCUCUGUUCAUGCGAAAGCUACUCACCUAUGCUGCAGACAGAACUCCGUUCGUACGGACGCCGGCUCCCAAAAACAGCAAGAACAGAAGCCUGUUUGUGAGAACGCUGCUGCUUCCAUGUGCAACCACACAGAAGGAAGAACUUCAGGAGAAUCAAAGGGCACACGCACGCCAGCACAGAGCCUUUUAAAGGUAAAGGAGGUGGAGACGAGGAUGGAACCUCAAUUAACAAGACCACGCACUUUCCCUAUUUAAGUCGCACACACCCUUCACUCUUCACUCAUUUGUACUGUGCUCCUGAUUGUGUAAAGACCAUCAGAGACUCUCCUGCUGCAUCCUGAUCCUGAUUUUGACCCUUACCUGUAUCAUCGCUUCUGAACCUGUGCCGCCUGUCCUUACAUUUGGGUUCCCAGACUAUUCUCAUCCGCUAAUCCUUUGGUAUUGCGAACUUGGUUCUUUGCCUUCGGCAUCUAUCUGCAUCUUGGGCUCUGUCCACUAAACUGUGCUCCCGACACAGUGAGAGUGUAUGUGUGUGUCUGUCACUGUGUGUGUGUUUGCCAGUGAGAGUGUAUGUGUUUGUCUGCCACUCAGUGUGUGUGUGUGUGUGUGUGUGUGUGUCAGUGUAUGUGUGUGUCUGACAGUUAGUGUGUGUGUCUGUCAGUGAAUGUGUGUGUGUGUGUCAGUGAGAGUAUAUGCGUGUGUCUGUCAGUGUGUGUGUGUCGGGGUGCCCAAGUCAUAUCAUGCCGAGGGCAGCACAAAACUAAAACACACCACUGUGUAUAUGUACGUGUCUGUAUACGUACAUAUAUGUUGUAUACAUGUAUAUGUGUAUACCUGUGCAUAGGUUGUAAAUAAACUCACUUUUUCACAAAAGCAUAUCAAUUGAACUGUUAAUGGUUCCAGAAAAGUCUUCAUUGAAUACUAUUUUACAAAUCUACUUUCCUUACCUCUUAUGUCACUUUACCCCACUCCCUCUAGCAUGUAAGCUCAUUGAGCAGGGCUCUCAACCCCUCUGUUUCUGUGCAUCAAAAUUGUCUGGUUACAAUGACAUGUUUGUUAGUCCACCCAUUGUAAAACGCUACGGAAUUUGUUGGAGCUAUAUAAAUUAUAUAAAUAUAAUAAUAAUAAUAACAUAGGCAUUUAAGUAUUUUCUGGAUUCUUGGAUGUGAAUUCAUUCAUUCUUAAUCUGCAUUAUAAUUUUUUAUUUUUUAUUCUCCCCCUACUAGUACUAUCUCCUGCACAUUUUGUUUCUCUCCCCCCUCACUCUUCCUUCCUUACACAAGGUAUUUAUGACCCUCUAUAAGAAAGGUGUCUAUUUUCUAUCAGACCUUUGUCUUAUCUGCACCCUCGUCAUGCUUUAACCAGCAGUAUCACAACUCAACUUUGAACUCUAUGUGUUGUUUUUUCUCAGAAAUACUUUAGACUUGAGAAAGGGAGAUUCUCCAUACAGCUAGUCAGUCCAAAAUGAUGUUAGUCCAAUUAAAAAGUAUUAUAAGAUACUAAUUUUAUCUCUUAUUUAACAUCAGCAUUCCCUGGACUAAUAGGGCCGCAAUCUUUUCGCUCUCUAUCAUUUUUUUAGGUUGAUAUGUGAGUGUUGGUGAGAUAAUUUUUUUUUUAUAGAUAACCAACACUAUGCAUACAAUAUUACAGGCAAUAUAAUAAAAGAAAAUAUAUAUUUUUAUUCCAGACUUAUUGGUUUUGUUUUCUUUUGUAAUGUUAAAGACUUGAACUCUGACAGGCUUGUUCUGUAUUUCACUCUGGCACUGCAUGUUUGAUUUGCAUAUCAGCACACCCUGCAUGUCCCUGCCUAGGUUUACCAUAGAGACCACUCUAAAGCCACAACCAACAUGGCGCUCGGAACGCUGCGUCACGUCUCGCGCCGACGUCACCGCGCCAACCCCUCGCCUUCCUUCCGUCCCGUGCUGUCCGCCCCCUUUUCCCAGAGAGAGGCCCCGCCCUCUCCGCGCUCUCACUUCCGGGCUGCCUUCGUAACAAUGGAGAAGAUGGCGGAGUGAGGAGAGCUUUGGGCGGAGAAGCCGGAAUCCCACGUAAAACAGAGGUAGCGGCCUCUCCCCAGGGUAUGUAACCGCCGGCAGGGAGAGGGGAGCGCACGGGAUCAUCGCUGGCUCUUCCCGGCCCCGCGGGGGGGGUGUGAGGGGGAGCCGGCCCCGCUGUCAGCACAGGCACACGGUGUGAAAUGUACGAGAGGCCGAGGCUGAGAGCCAGCAGACCAGGCCGGGCUCAUUAAACAGCCGAUUGCCGGAUCCCUGGAGGCCAUGGAGGGCCGGAGACGGAUUGAGGGCGAUUAGCGUGUCCCCCAGCUCUGGGAUAUGUCCACAGACAGCCAGACAGCCAGCAAUACCUGUACUGACAGAGCUCGGGGUAUGGGGGAUGGAGGGCUGCCUGCCUGGGUCUAUCUGUCAGGGUUACUGGCUAAUGGGUGAAAUGUGGAACAUCAGAAACGUUCUUCCUAUCGCAGGCCGAGAUAUUGGGAUUGGGGAAAUUCUUCAUGUUCUCUUACAGGGUUAUUUACUAAAGAGAGAGAGAGAGAGUUCAAAGUGAAUUUCUAAUGAAAGGCCAAAGCAACUGAACUGGAAUCAGAGCUGAUUUUAGAGGAUUUUUAGGCUGGUUUUGUCUUUUAAAAAAAAUAAAAUAGUAAUUUUUAUUUGUCCUUUUAUUUUAAAUUUUGAAAUUCACUUUGAAGACUCAGUUUAGUAAAUUAACUGGUGGUUCAGUUUUAUUUAGUUUUACAUUUCCAACACUUCUCACCUUGACAAAUCCCCUUUUUUAAAUUUUUUUUUUUUUUUUGUAAUAAAGUUAGGUCUCAAAUGAGUCAUAAAAGAAACGUAUAGAAAGAGAAUUCUGUCCUAUUUCUCAAGUAGUUAUUGGCUUGUUUUAAAGAGAGACUGAUAGAAAUACUUGAGCUUGCUGAAGUGCUUUACGUGUCUGAAGUCUUUCAUGUUUGUGGUAGUUCAUAGAAGUGCCAAUUUCAAUAGAAAUCAGCACUAUUAUAAAAGGGGGGGCCAGAAACAUCUCUCUCUCUCUGUCAGCCAGUGAGGUUUUUCUAGCGGAUAUCUGCCUUCUCCGAAAACCAUAGGAAAGCUGGGUACCCGUAUUUUGGCGUAUUCCCUGGCACAGAUGUCUUGCAUGUUUGCAGCAUUUACAAGCUGUUUGUGGGUAAUACUGUUGCCCAAAAAUAAUGGCAUGUGCCCUUUAAUAUAUUGUGGGCACACUAACUUUUUUUUUAUUAUAUCUAAAGCUCGUUUCCAGUAACAUACAGACAUAUCAGAUUUCUAGGGCAAGUAUUGGUUUUAUCAAUGCUGUGACAAAUUAUUUUGAGAUGUUUGGCAGAUAUAAAAACCUGAUCUGUUUAACACAUUUUCAUAAUAUAUAAUUUUUUUAUUUUUUUUUAAAGGAAAAACCUGCUUGUGUUCUAAAUUUUAGAAGGAAAGCACAGAUAAUUUUUUAUUUUUACAUUUCCAAUACUUUAGUGAUUGUGUUUGCCGUUAGUGUUUUAUUCUAAGUUAUGAAACAUCAACAUUCUUUUCUCCAUAUGUACGCGUAAGUGAUCAUAUACAGUUAUACUAUGAAAUUCCAGGAAGUGAUGUCAGGAUGACACAUUCCCUGGUUGCAAUAACACAUAAGGUUGCCACAGUUAUAAAGACUGGUGCAAACAUUUUUUUAAUUCCAUGUGCAACAGAAGGAAAUGGUUGUAUGCAUUUUUCCAUAUGUUGUCUGUGAAUAUACAGACAUUUUAGGCCAGUGUAAAAAUGUAUUAUGUAAACUAUCUGACCAAUUAAUGAGGGGGCGGGGGGGGGGAAACUACAACUGUAGUAAACUAAAAAUACAGUUUUCAAAAAAAGUCCAGUAUUUGUCUCAUCUCCAUUUAAAAAAAAAAAAGCUCUCUUACUCCAAACACUAUUUGCAGAACAAAUAAAUUGCAAAACAUAGAUGGCUUUAACAUGCAUAGGCAACCUUCGGCACUCCAGAUGUUUUGGAUACCUUGCACAUAUUAUGGGGGAUGUAGUCCACAACAUCUGGAGUGCAGAAGGUUGUCUACCCCUGUGCUAUAACAUUGAGUGGUUACAAGUGACAAAGUGGUGUAGUUAUUAAAGGUUGAUUUCAAGCGUCAUGACCACUCCAGUGAUUUAAAGUUGUCAUGGUUUCUGGUAUCUAAAUGUGCAACGUUUGCUAUGACCUUUGUGCUUAACCCUUUUGCUGGUGUAACUCCACCUCUGGCGGCAUCAUUAGUGUUCCGGACUCUUCUGUGCAACUCUGUGGCCUAGAUUGGUCAGCUGAGACUCUCCAUGAAUGAAUGUCUGUAUUGACAUUUGUUUUCUGCUUCCUUGCAGAAGCCAGGUAUACGUCAUAAGCUAUAGUGGACCCUCCACAUUGCAAAACCGUAUGCCUCAUUGCCAGCAAGCAGGGACAGGGAUGUAGUAAUGAUGAUGCUUGGAGUAACCCUUUCAACUUGGAGCUUUGACCAGAAAUUAGCAGUUUUUAAAAAGGUACAUUAAGAAACAGUAUCAGUUGUUUGGUGUUCAAAGUGAAUUAUACAUUUUAGCCCAAAAUUGCCAAACUGAAAAACAAGGUAGAUUUGAUAUAAAUCAAUUCAAUUUAAAUCACUAGUCCGUAAAAUUCAAUUAAAAUCAAGGUUUCUAGAUGUAAAGGCUCAUUUUUGUUUGUAGUUUCUCUUAAUAUUUUCAACCAGAUGAAGAUUUCAUAUUUAGAUUAGUAAAAUGGCUAUAUCAAAACAAAUUUUAGUUUAGUAGAUUAGAGACACUAUAGUCACCAGAACUACUACAGCUUAAUAAUACAAUGCAUUUCUGAGGAGGUGCUGAUUGGCAUAGCGUGUUGUUUUGCUGUGCAUGUGCAAUUGCCUUCCAAUGCUGUCCAAUGAAAAAGCAUUAGAUAGGCUGAGAUCUUCAAAUUUGAUAUCUGCCAUGGAGGCAGGGCCAGCUGCAACAACCCCUUUGGCUAAGAUCAUCAAACUUCUUAUUGGAAAGCAUUGGGAGGGUAUCGCGUGUGUAUGGCAAAACGCCGCGCUGCACCAAUCAUCUCCCUAUAGAUAUGCGUUGUCUUAAUACUUCUCUAUAGGAAAAGUUCAGCGUCUCCAUGCAGUGUGUUUUUGGUUAACAUUUCCAUUUUCCUUAUCAGUUCUCCACAAAGGUCAUGCAAAGUUGCCUGAAUAUUUAGCUGAAAACGCUUGUCUCCAUGAAGGCUAAGAAUAUUAGGGUAUUUGUUUGUUUGUAAGGUUGACUGUGGAUGUAAAUAGUUGAUUAAAAUGUUUAGUUUAAGAGUUACUCCAAACACCAUGACCAUCAGUGAUUUGAAGUGGUCAUCGUACAUAGUCUGUGUUUGAAAUGCUACACAUCAUAGUAGCUCAGCCUUGAGUUUAGGAUGACAAAUGUUAAAGUAAAAUGAAAAAAGCAGCUUACCUGAAAUUGCUCCUGUAUACUUUUGAAUGGCUCCUUUCCUAUACUUCCUAGCUAGCACUAGAAGUGCUGGUUCAGGAGUUUCCAUAGCAACCACAGCACAUGCGGUGUGGUUGCUAUGGGCUAAGAGCAGAGGGAUCUCCUGUGGGAAGUCUUUUCUGCUCUUCAUUGUCAGUCAGUGCAGAGGCAUUGACAGAUGGCUGGUAGAAAAACUAUUUUGAACUAGGUUUUUCUCUUAAUCUAUACAUUUUGUAGCACAAUGUAUAGAUAAAAUCUUAUGCUCAGUCUAAUUUAGCAUACAUAUAGUUGUUUGGGAAUGUGAUGUCCUUUAAUUCUGUGCAAAAUUGGUGCCUGACACCAAUUUACUCAUGCAGGCGAUUGCCCUUAUUGGGAAAGUGUCCCCCAGCAGAGACAAUUUGUGUUGUAUGGAGCACAGGGGCAAGGCAGGUCCAAUGUGUGUCACAUUACUGUAACACCCACAAAAUUGGUGAGAUGGCUGUCAUCUUGUUGCUGGUUAAGAGGUAAGUAGGCAUCCAACAUAUCCUAAAUUAAUCUAAGCAGCUCUGUCCUGUUCUUUUUUUAAAACUGCAGCUUAUAUAGCACUACAGAAAUAGUGUUAAAGGGACACUCCAGGCACCCAGACCACUUCAGCUAAUUGAAGUAGUCUGGGUGCUGUGACCCUUUUUGCACUUAGUGCUGCAAUGUUAAACAUUGCAGUGCCAGCCACUAGAUGGCUUCCAGAAUCCAAACCGACCUUUGGUUGGUUAUCUGACGCUGGACGUCCUCACCGACCUCCAGCGUCAGAAUUUUCCCAUUGGAAAGCACUCCAGGAUUCUCUAGUGCCAGGAAAACUGGUUUGUUUUCUUGGCACUGAAGAGUCCCUUUAAUUUAUCUCCAUGCUAAAUAAUGCAUUCAGUGCUUUAAGAGAUGUUAACUGUGGUCACAAUUCCAUUUUACCACAACCUCCGCCUACCACUUCCAUAUUAGGCAGAGUAGCAAAUCAGACUGUCGUCUGUGUUAAACGGUUUUAAUACAAGAAGGUAAUAUGAUGCUAGGAACUCCAGCCAUCAUAGCCACUUCUUUGAGAUUAAGUGGUUAUGGUACCCGGAGUACUCAUUUUAAGCACAGAUUAUCAUAUUAAUGUAAAUGUUCUUUCAUUGCUUAAGAGGACUAGUCAUCCAGACCACUUCAUCUAAAUGAAGUGGCCUGGGUGCAGUGUCCCAAUAAUUGUAAGCCUGCAAUGUGAACAAUUGCUGUAUUGUAGAAACUGCAAUGUUUACAUUGCAGAACUACACACCUCUAGUGCUGUCAGAAUAACAGCCACUAGAGGCGCUUCUGCAGCACUGAGUAAAACUUGGUCAUGUGAUGUGGACUCUGUGUAGGGAAGCAUUGAUUCAAUUAAUCAUUGGAAGAAAAUUGGAUUAAACAGGUGAGAGAGGGAAUGCAUUUUCCUUCUUUCUCCUGUUGUGGUAAACGUAGAGGUCAGCAGUGCAGACACUGGAAUAGGGAAAGUAACAUUUUAUUUAAAAAAAAAAAAGUGUGUGGAGUGCUGAAAAAAAAGAGUAGGGACACUAUAUAGCUUUAUAUUCCUAAAGCUAGUGUAUCUUUAAAGGGACAUUCAAGGCUGGAUUUGACCAAUUCUUUAAUGUUUUACAUCAAAGUGCCAUAAUACAAAUAAAACAAAACAAAAUUGGAGAGAACAGAUGCACCUGUCAUACCCAGUGGGCAUUGUUCAUUGUACAAAUAUUGUCAAUUAUUGUGAUGUGUAUUUGUUGUUAAAAUAUUAACGAAUUUAUUAGUUAUCUGAUUAAUUGAUCACAGCAUGGUAAGUGUUUGGCUGUCUUGAGAUAGAGGUCAAAGGAAAAGGGUAGUAAAUUAAAGGGACACUAAAUGCACGCAGACCACUUCAUCUCAUUGAAGUGCUCUGAGUGCUAAGUCCCUGUCCCCCUUAAAGGACCACUAUAGUGCCAGGAAAACAUACUCGUUUUCCUGGCACUAUAGUGCCCUGAGGGUGCCCCCACCCUCAGGGACCCCCUCCCGCCCGGCUCUGGAAGGGGGAAAGGGUUAAAAACUUACCUUUUUCCAGCGCUGGGCGGAGAGCUCUCCUCCUCCGCUCCUCCUCCUGGGCUGAAUGCGCACGCGCGGCAAGAGCUGCGCGCGCAUUCAGCCCGUCGCAUAGGAAAGCAUUUACAAUGCUUUCCUAUGGACGCUUGCGUGCUCUCACUGUGAAAAUCACAGUGAGAAGCACAAGCGCCUCUAGUGGCUGUCAAUGAGACAGCCACUAGGGAUUAGGGGAAGGCUUAAUAUUGAUAAACAUAGCAGUUUCUCUGAAACUGCUAUGUUUAUAAAAAAAAAAAUGGGUUAACCCUAGAAGGACCUGGCACCCAGACCACUUCAUUAAGCUGAAGUGGUCUGGGUGCCUAGAGUGGUCCUUUAAACCUGCAAUGUAAUUAUUGCUGUUUCUUAGAAACUGCAAUAAUUACAUUGCAGGGUUAAAACUGCCUCUAGUGACUGUCAAUCAGACAGUAACUAGAGACACUUCCUGGUGUUUAGGUGACUUUUGGGGGCCUAUCUGACGCUGUAAGUCACGCUCUGCAUUGGGACAUCCAGAGUUAGUCCUAUCCCCAUAGGAAAGCAUUGCCUGCCGCACAUGCACAUUAGCUUAGCUUGUAAAGAGUUUAUAGAUGCUGUUUUAUUUUUUGGGCAAUGCAUAUAAAAUAUUAAUCAUGUUUUGGUGUCAAAUUAUUUGUAUGGGUUCACAGAGAUGAUCUGCCCUUUUACAAACAGUUUAAAACCAUGUGUACAUAAAUAAAAUACAUCGGCUCAACUAAUACCAGGUUGCAAUUUUGUCCUGGCGUCUGGGAUAUGUUAGCCUUUUAGUGAUGGUAACCGCUCUAGGGACCAUUGGAGCUGGCUGGCUGAGGCUGCACGCGAAGGAGCAGUAAUCUGCCUGCGGUUCCUCUCUAAAGGAAAACUACGUCACUCUGGCCCGGCAUCACUUCAGAGAGCGUGCAUGGGGAGCGGAGAGGAACUGCAGGAAGAUCAGAGAGCAGUUACACUGGACCCCAGGGAAUGACCCACUCAAGCUCUCCCACAGGUAGGGAGUCUCUGUGUACAUAAAUUAAAAUUCAAAUGACAAUUUGUGAAUUUAUGAGAAAACGUCUGUUUAGGUACCUGACCCCCUUCGAUCUCAUGAGAAAAGUGGUUUUACUCACCAUUUUCCCCAUGCCAUACCUGUUUCUCCAUGGCUGAGAUCAUCAAUCUUUGUGAUCUCAGCUAAGCCAUAGGAAAGCAUUGUGAGGAUAUAGCGCCUGUUCAGCACUGAUUCAGGACCCUCUAGUGCAGUGAUGGCAAACCUAUGGCACGCCAAGCCCUCUCUGUGGGCAUGCGGCCUUAGGUCGCUGGGGGAGGGGGCUGCUGGCGCCGGUCGGCAGCAAUGCAGAGUAGGCACCAAAAUGGCAGGCGCCUACUCUGCUUUCGUGUCGGAGCGCGUUACCAUGGCAACGCUCCACACAGAAUUGCGCGGGAGGACAGGAGAGCUGCAGCACAUACACAUACCACCACCGGAUCACCUGGACUGGCUGUCGUCCCCCCUUCACCAAAGGUAAGAAGAAGGGAAGGGUAGAUAAAGAUUUUAUAUCUUUUUUUUUUUUUUAAAUGUAUCAUUACCGCGCACACUGCACCCCUUAGUGCAGUCUGUAUGUAUUCAGUUGACUGUGUGUAUUCAGCAGUGUGUGUAUUCAGCGGACUGCGUGCGUGCAGCGAACUGUGUGCACUGCAUUUGUUGGAAAUACUAAUAUAAGCUUAAUUUUAUCUAUUUAUAUCAUAAUUUAAAAUUUGUAUCAUUGAAUUCUGUUUUAUUUUAAAACAAAAGAUGUUAAUUAGUUCGGACAACUGUACGAGUUGGUUUUUCUAAACUUAAACCUCAGUAUUCAGGGUUAAUUGCCGUGUUGGCACUUUGAGGAAAGAAAAGUUGGCAUUUAUUGCGAUUUGGGCACUCAGGCUCAAAAAGGUUUGCCAUCACUGCUCUAGUGUCUGAGUGACUGUCAGUAGAGGUGUUACUAGUAGGCAGCAAUUUAGAAUGGCCGUGGUUACAUUGAAAAGCCGCCCAGGACAGGCUACAGACAGCAGAACAACUAAAUUAAGCUGUAUUGGUUUUGGUGACUACUGUGUUUUAAGAAUUGCAUUUUUCUCGUUGAAAAUUAAACUGUUAGUUUACAAACAAAUCUGGCUCCUAGAUCAAAUUUGCCAAGCCCUGUAUUACAUUAUGCAUUUCAGCCAGGUCUUGAAAUACAUUUGCCUUUUAUAAAACUGGAAUUCCUACAGUUUACUGCCUCUAUUUAGAAUCUUUCUAGAAAAUUAAAGGGACACUAUAGUCACCAAAACAACUUUAGCUUAGUGAAGCAGUUUUAGUGUAUACAUCAUGCACCUGCAGUCACACUGCUCUAUUCACUGUCAUUUAGUGGCUCUUAGCUUUUUUUAGCUGGUUCUUAGAUUCCAAGCAAUUUUGUCAAGCACUGCUGUGAUCAAUUAGAGCUUGACAAAAUAUUUAGUUUUUAUGUCUUGUGUACAUUUGUUUGUAACAUUUUGUAUUUGUACACACUGUGUGACUACUUUUUGACCAUAAUACAUGUCCUUUAUUAAAGAGUCACUAUAGUCACCAGAACAACUAUAGCUUAAUGUAGUUGUUCUGGUGACUAUAGUAUGUCCUAACAGGCAUUUUCAUGUAAACACUACUUUUUCAGAGAAAAGGAAGUGUUUACUGUCUAGGCACACAUCCAGUGGCAGUCACUCAGAUGGCCAUUAUAGUUGCCUCCUGGGUCAGUGCUGCGCAAUGUGCAGCACGUUUAGCAUCUCCACGCUCUCCAUGGAGGCACUGCACUUUCCCCAUAGAGAUGCAAUAAGUCAAUGCAUCUCUAUGAGGAGAAGCUGAUUGGUGUAGUGGCGUCUUGCCGCACAUGUGCAUUAGCCUCCCAAUGCUUCCCUAUAGAAUGGUCUUAGCCAAGGAGGUGGGGCAGGGCCAGCACUGGCAAACCCGCACGACGAUGAAAUAAGAGGUUUUUAAUCUAUUUAAGGUGGGCAAGGAGACCUAAGAGGGGGGGAACUAGGUCUAGGGGGCCUAAAGUCAGGUAUACUCGUUUGUAUUCCUGACCCUAUAGUGUUAAGUUUCUUUUAUAGUAGUACUGUGGUUUCAUAUAUAUAUUUACUAAGCCAUGUUUUGUGGCAUUUUAAUCUGUUGGGGUGACCUAAGAUACUACAUUUGUAAACUGUCUUGAUUGUGGCAGCUUUUAUACUAGAAUAGGUGUGAUGGUGUUAAGAGUGAUUGUUGUUUCAUUAUUUUUGUUCUAGUGCAUAAAAAUAGUGGUCUUGAUCCCUUUCACCCAUUGGAACAAUUAACCCCUUAAAACCGGAGGGCGUACUAUUACGCCCUAUUCUAAGCGGCUCUUAAUGCCGCAGGGCAUAAUAGUACGCCCUCACGGUUUUUCUUUCUUACCCGGUUGCCAGUGAUCCCACGCCGGAGAUCGCUGUCGGGGGACUCACCUGGGAUCCCAGGGAAUCCCCCCGCCCCCUCCCCCCAGGCCAUGUGAGAGUGAGGUCCUUGCCUGUAAUGACAGUCCCCCUGCUGGCUGAAUUCAAAUAAACAACAGUUAAAAUCAGUGAGUACGUCCAGCAUCAUUUAAAACACUUUUUGUGUUCUGAAAAGCCAUAAGUCCCUCUAGUGACUGUCUGACAGACAGCCAGUAGAGGAGGAUUUAUUGCAGUUUAUAAAAAAAUGCAAUAAUUAAACUUGCAGGGUUAAGGAUAAUGGCAGUUGGCUCCCAGACCACUCCAAUGGGCAGAAGUGGUCUGGGUGCCUGGAGUGUCCCUUUAACCUUCUAUUCAAUGCCCAUAGUGAUACCAUUACAUUACUGUGGAAUUAAAAAGACAGGUUUGUCCCAGGUGCUAUAGUAGAAACCCAAUUUACUUGUCCUUAUACAAUAUGAUUUCAAAUUAGGUCUCUGGACCUUGCUUAGACCUGGGCAGGGUUAUUCAUUAAAAUCUAAACUUUCCCAAAUUAAAUGUGAAUGGAAAAAUUAAGGCAAAAAUUACUAAUCUGUAGAAAUUCUCCUACAUAACGAUAGUUGCAACUGUUUAUUUUUGCCUCAGUUUUGCUAUUCAGAUUUAAUUUGUAAAAAAAAAAUUAACUUGCCUAUUGCGGAUUAUAUAAAUGCUACAUCCCUGCAUUAAACUGCCUGUGUCCUAUCUCCAUCCUAACUAAUUUGCUUUUUUUGGGAACAUGUUUCUGCAAGUAGGCUGCCACACCCCAGUGACCGUGAAGCUCCUCUGUAUGUAUUCUGCUUAAAGGAACUCUAUAGUGUCAGGAAUCCAAACUUGUUUUACUAACCUUUUUCCAGUGCCAUGCGGGUCCCCUAGUGGAUGGCACCGCCCCCCUUGGCUGAGAUUAUCAAACUUGAUUACAUCAAUUUAAUUCUUUCUCAUAGGAAAGCAUUGGAAGACUAUCACGCAUGCGCGGAAAAACCGCAUGUGCCAAUCAGUAUCUCCUUAUAGAUAUGCAUUGAAUCAGUGCAUCUCUAUGGGGAACGUUCAGCGUCUCCAUGCAGAGCGUGAAGACCCUGAAUAUCAGUACUGUGCAGCACUGACCCAGGAAGCACCUCGAGUUGCUGUCUGAGUGACUGCGACUAGAGUUGAUACUAGGCAGUAAUGUAAACACUGCUUUACAGUGUUUACUAUAAAAAGCCUACAGGGACAGGCUAUAGACACCAGAUAGUGGUUGCUAUAGUGUCCCUUAAAAAAAAAAAAAAAAGUUUCCCAUCUUUUUCAUGUCUCUAUUUUAGAACCAGCAUUUAUGUAGACACCUGUGCCAACUAAUUGAUUAGUAGGAAUAUUUUUACAUUAGUGUUGAAUGUUUGCAUGCGACACUGCAGGCCCUAAUGGAAUUUUCAUACUAAAAAUUAAGAAAAUAAAAACACAACUUAUUGGCUCAAGGUUUGUGCUAAAACCUCUCUAGUGACUUUUCUGCUGUAAGUACAAAUAGAUAUGUAUAUCCCUUGGAAGAAGCCACAGGUUAUACCAUUCGCCUGAUGACAGGCAGCCAGAGGAGUGCACCUCUGCACCGCCAAUGUCCCCACAAUAGUAACAGAAAGAGGGUAGGAUGUUGGUUCCGGGGGGAUCGCUGACCGUGCAUCUCAAUUUAUUGUAUGUUUUCACAUGGCAAGGUCUCCAAAAUUGUAUGAGUGAUAACUCCUAAGUGGUGUGUUGCAGAGCAACGCUAUGUUUUGACCAUACCACCGUUUGCUUGAGCACUCCGUUUAAUCCAUAACUAGUGCUAAUCUAUUUGGUGUUUAUUUUAUAUUAUGCUCAUGCUACUUUAAUCCUUAUUGCGUCACAAAUUUUGGCACGCUUAUUUCUAUUUGUCUCAUGUGCUGUCAUUGCAAUGAAGGUACUGUACAACACUAGACUAGGAAUUACCUCUACUGGCAGUCUGAGUGACUACUACUAUAGGAAUUACUAGGCAGCAAUGUAAACCGUGCCUUUUCUCUGUUAAAACUGUAGUGAUGGGCUGUAGACACAAGAACUACUUCAUUAAGCUGUAGUGGUUCUGGUGACUAGUGUCCCUUUAAGGGCAAAACAGUAAAGCAUGUAUUUGUGUUUGCAUGUUGCAUAAUAUGAAAGCAUAUGUCAUGUGGUACGUUGACACUGCACAGUGUGCAAAUGUUUCUCCUCCCUUGUUGCUUAUCAUUCCUCUCUAUGCAUGACUGCAUGCUGCUGUCUCACAGUCUCUGAAAAUAUGUACAACUGGGAGGGAAUAGUCCCCCCCUCCCCCAAUUGCCAACAAGCUAAAUGUACAACAUGUCAGUGACAUAAUAUAUACAGUUAAUAGUGCAGAGGUCUGUGUUGUGACAGCGCUCGACUUGCUGUGAAGGACUUUUAUUUUUAGAUUGUUGUAGUUUUUCAUGUUACAUAAUGCUGUCUUGUAGGUGAAUGCAUGCAGUUAUUUACAUAAGUAACAUGGAGCUGUGUAUAAAACUUAUGCAUGGACUGUGCAUGUCACAAUGGUAUGGUUUCUCUCUGCAGUGUGACUGCUUAAUCCAGUCUGACACUUUAGGGUUUGUGGCAUGAGACCUGCAAAUAGUGGAUCCAUAAAAAUGCAUGCUAAGUGCAAUGUGGCAGUAGUGCUUAGCUAUGUAACCAUGCUGAUGUUCAGACCAGUUAUGCAGAGAGCUCACAUACAGAAAUAUAAACUCCCUGAAUCACAGUGUAAAUUUCAUCUAUACUUAUGAAUGGAGAGAAAUGGGUGAAGGUAUGGGUUGUGCGUUCUUUCAAAACGUGAAUAAUUUGUUAUUCUCCUUAACAUGACUUAUGUCAUGUACCAUAAAUAUCUACUUAAAACGACUGUCACUUUUUUUUCCUUAGCUUGACAAAGACCUCUUGUUAGGUCGAAACGUUGCUGUCUUUUUUGUUUCAAUAAAACUGCCUGCGACUUUAACAUCCUUAGUGCCUGGAGAUAUUUUUUUCUAUUGCUUUUUGUCCAGGGUCUGCCCUGUUGUUUUACUCUUUACCCUCCUCCAUUCUUUGCAUAAUUAAUUACCAUUUAUUUCAAAGGUAUACAUAAGGAAAAGUAGCAGGUUGACAAUGGGUGAAGCUUUAGCCAAGCUCCACAGCCUUUGUCAAUCCAGGGCUCGACUUUAAUCCAUGGCUCAACCCCGUUCAGCCCCUGAGGUAACCGGCUGCCUGAAAGCAAAGGCUGGCAGCCAGCUAAUGGAGGGCUGAAGCAGGCGGGCAGAGGCUGACUGAGUGCUUAUAUUCCAUAAGCGUGCCCCACUCUGCUUCAUGUAGGGACACUCCCACUGGUUUAUUUUCCAAAUCAAGAAUUGACAGGUAUGAGGACAUUUUUGCUUUUAGGAAUUAAUACCUGGAGUUGGAGAUCUGUUUUUCGUUUGGCCUAAAGUAUAACAUUCUCUUGUUUUGUGAAUAACAUAUACUGUAUACACUUGUAGAAGUGUCAACAAACCUGUAUAUGGUUUGCUUCCUCAAAAUGGUAGGUUAAUAUGAAUGUGGGUGUUGCUAUGUUAACACAUGGCAUUAUAGUUGGCAUGCAUCCAUUCUUGGCAGACCUCUUUAAGAUUUUGCUAGAGAUUUUGCUUUGAAUCAUCUUUCUCCUUAUACUCACUUGCCUUUAGGGAAAUCUCUGGUAUAUUGAUGUUGACUACAGGAAGCACUUUAAUUAUUAUACAGAAGUCACUUGGCAGUAUUCUGCCGUUCUUUGAGCUUAUCUUUGUAUAGACUGUUGAAUCUAAGCCUUGCUUGUGUUCCAUUCAUUUUACUUAGUUUAUUAUAGUUGGACACGAACAGGCUCAAUAUUUCCUGUCACCCACUAGCCAUUGGCAGUGUACAUCUUUACAGUUUUAUAAGUAAAAUGUUUUAUAUUUACUGAAAAUAAUUGUAUUCCCUCAGACACAGUCAGCUUUACAUUCAACACAAUGGAGAGUGCUGAUUCUACAGGAAAAGGAAGUGGUGAACAAUCUGAAUCCCAACGCCAAAGCCAGAUGGACAGGUUGGAUAGGGAGGAGGCUUUUUAUCAGUUUGUAAAUGGCCUGAAUGAGGAUGACUACCGGCUCAUGAGAGAUAAUAACCUACUAGGAACGCCAGGUAUACAGAAUAUGGUAUACAAAGUUUAUAUAGUAACUAGGUUGAACAGACUCAAGUCCAUCAAGUUUAACCCGUCAAACACAUUUUAAUACCGUUGAUCCAAAAGAAGGCACAAAAAAAAGUUUGAUUUCUCAGAAUAGUUGCAUAAAAUGUCCUUUUGUCAUAAGUCCUCAUGAGAUGAUUUUACAAGGCUCUUUUACACUACAGAUAAAUAUACAUGCAAAUAAGGCGUGAAAGAUCUUAUCAGUAGGACCCAGUUUGACGUGGGUCUGCCUUCUUUUUGUUUUCAGCAUAAUUAUACUUUGUAAUAUAUAUAUAAUUGCCUGCUUGCAAGUUAGGUGCCUUGGCUGCCAUUUCAUAUGCCAACCUGUUAUUACAAAUAUUUAUAAUGCUUACCUGGCUCUUAAAAUAAUUAGGUUAGAUCCCUGAUACAGUGGUACCUCGGUUUAAGAAUUUAAAGCAUUUUCCGGGACCUUUCUUAUAGCAAAAAAAUUAUAAACUGAAACACGGUUUCCCCAUAAGAAUGCAUUGAAAACCAAUUAAUCCGUUCUGGAGGUCAGAAAAAAGUAAAAAUGAGCUGGCAUGGAAACCAACCCACAAUGCAGAACACAGUAAGUCAUGCAAACGACAAAGCUCAGCUCACUACCUUUCCACUGUUUGAGAAAUGACCCAAAAAAAGUCCCAAAACCACUGCAAAAAACUUCCAGAAUGGCUCCAAAACUCAAUACAAACGUUGCUUCAACACCUCCACACUUGACGCCCCGUGCUACCCAUAAACUCCAGCAUGCACGGGGGCGGCACUAUAAAUCUCCCAGAUGCAAUGCAUCCUGGGGAAACGUGCUUUGUAUAGCGAAACAAAUUUGUAAACAAAGGCAUUAUUUUCAAUGGAUUUUCAUUUGUAAACCGAAUAUUAUGUUAAAGGACCAUUCUAGGCACCCAGACCACUUCAGCUUAAUGAAGUGGUCUGGGUGCCAGGUCCCUCUAGGAUUAACCCCUUUUUUUUGUAAACAUAGCAGUUUCAGAGAAACUGCUAUGUUUAUAAAUGGGUUAAUCCAGCCUCCAAAUCCUCUAGUGGCUGUCCCAUUGACAGCCGCUAGAGGCGCUUGCGUGCUUCUCACUGUGAAAAUCACAGUGAGAACACGCAAGCGUCCAUAGGAAAGCAUUCAGUCGAAGAGGAGGAUCGGAGGAGGAGAGCUCCCCGCCCGGCGCUGGAAUAAAGAUAAGUUUAACUCCUUUCCUCGCCAUCCAGCCAGGCGGGAGGGGGACCCUGAGGGUAGGGGCACCCUCAGGGCACUAUAGUGCCAGGAAAACGAGUGUUUUCCUGGCACUAUAGUGGUUCUUUUAACCAAGGCGUUUGUAAACCGAGGUACCACUGUGUCUAUAUCUAGCAAAGAUUCAUCAUCCCCAACUUUCAGUUAAAUUGUAUUUAAAUGUACAUCUUUAACUAUAUUGUGAAAACUCCUGUUCUGAAAGAUUGCAUUAUGAGGAUGCUAAAAGCGCCUCUGUAUGUUCUUAAUGCCUUAGUGGAUCCUAUCUUGCAUCAGCAUAAGUGUCUGAAAGCGUUAUGUGAAAUGGAUAGUGAUAACACUACUUUUUCAUAUCUGUGCAAUUUUGUACACCUUUUUAGUCUCUCGUUUUAUCAACCAUUCUUCAUACUAUAUAUUUUUUUUUUCUCCCUGAAGGGGAAAUUACUAAGGAAGAAUUGUUGAGAAGGCUCCAGCAAAUUAAGGAAGGACCUCCUCCGCCAAACACGGAUGAAAACAGAGGUAUUACUGCAGAUCUGAAAAUUAUGAUAACCUAAAACAAAGGGUUCAUUUUGAAGUUUUAUGUCUUCCUCCUUUGAUUGCCUUCUAGAUUCUGUUAUGUGUAUGUUUAAAUAUCAAUUAAACCGUUAAGGACUAAGCCUUAAUUGCCUGUUUUUCACUUAAGAACCAAAGCAAUUUUUGCUAUGUGUGUGUUCAACUGCAAUUUCCAUCCUUUUCAUUUUUUGAACCAACAAAUGUUAUAUACUGGUUUUUAAAGGACUGAAAGAGCUUUAAUUUGAAGUACAAAUGCAAAAAAAAAGUUUUUUUUCACAGGCUUGGCAAUAAGUAGUGAAACUGACAAAAAGUAAUUCAAAAUAAAUGUCGGGAUUUAGAGAGUAAUAUUAGGAGUAGGAGUUCACUUUAUUUUGGUAGUUACAGGUCACAACAUACAAGGAGUACAAUAACAUUGUGCAGUGAUUUAGAAUUUGGUGUGCUUGCUUUGUAAACUUAAUAGCCAUCACAAAAAAUACAAUUAAAAUAUUCAUAUAAAAUAGACAUCUCAAUCUAAGGGUUUUUGACCCUUUUUAUGUAGCCAUUUAACUGCCAAUCUCUGCUAAAUAUUAUACUAGAAUUGUGUUUUGUUUCUGAUUUGUAACAUACACACAUACAAUAAGGUUUCUUAAAUGGGUAUUUCAUAAACCUGAUGUGUACUUGUCCUAUACAAAACUUAGUAUUGUGUUCUGCUACAUCUUCUGAGUACAGUAGCCCAAUGUAUGCUGUAUACGCUUUCAUGGCAUAUAAGAAAGAUGACCUUUUUAGUUAGAAUUUUGAUUAAUGGAUUUGAUAGGCCUAUGUCUGUUUUGGGCAUUAUGGCAGUUUUUGUUCAAAUUAUCCCACAAAGGCCUACCAUUUGUGAAAGUAGACAUAAUAUCUCAUAUAAUAUUGUGCUUGUACAUGCCACUAUUUUUUUUAUUUUUAGCAGUAAAUCUGUUUGUAGAAACUUUUAUUUAUUUUAAAAAAAAAAUUCAUUUCUUGCAUUUUUGCUAGUUAUUUUUUAAUUCAACUUAUGCUCAGCUACAUCUUCUGGGUACGAUACAUCCAAUGUAUGCCAUAGACACUAUCUUGUGAAGUUACAGUUGCAUAUGAGAUGUCACAUAAUUUCUCAACUGUGCAUUUUCAUAGAUGGAUUUGAUUGGUAUGUCUCAUUUUGGUGCAUUUUAGCAGUUUGACAGUUAAAAUUAUCCCAUGAAGGCCUUCUGUUUGUGAAAGUAGACCAGGGUUCAACAAAUCCCUUGUCCCCAUGGCGACUAGAAAUUUCGCCCUGGUGCCUGAGAUGACACAAGGUAGAAUUGAGGCAGUGGGGAACAUUGGAGCCAGCCGCCCACCCUGGCUGAGGCAGCAAGGAAGCUGCAAGUGAGGGAGCUGUAAUCUUCUUGCAGUUCCUCUCUGCUCUAUUGCACGCUGUUUAAUAAAGCUGGGAGCCGGAAUAUGACGUCACUCUGGCCCUGGCAUUACUAUAAAUAGUACGUAGGGGAGCACAGAAGAACUGCGGGAAGAUUACUGCUCCUUCACAUACAUGAAGAUUAGAGAGCAGCCCCACUGGGCCCCAGGGAAAGAUCCACUCAGUUCUCCCAAAGGUUGGAAGGCUGGUGGACAUAAGUUUAACACUAAAAUGUCAGUUUGUGAGUGUGUGAGAAAAUGUCUGUCUCUGAAGGGGACAAGUACCUAAAUAGGCACAAAAUCGUAUGAGAUGAGAUGAUCUCCUUUUUUCCCCAUGCCGUGCCAGUAUCGCCAUGGCUGUUGCUGGCUCCAUGGCUGAAAUAAUUGCUCUUUAUGAUCUCUGCUAAGAGAGGAUAUUGCGCAUGCACAGUAAAGCAUAUAUUCUCACAGAACUGCAUUGAAUCUAUGUAUCUCUAUAGGGAACAUUCAGUGCCUCUAUACAGAGCGCGGACGGACAGAGGACUCUCUAGUGGCCAUCUGAGUUACUGGCACUAGAGGUGACUGUUUACAUUUAAAAGGUCUGCGGGUACAGGUUAUAGACACCGGAAAAACUACAUGAAGCUGUAGUGAUUCUUUUGUCUAUAGUGUCCCUUACGAAUUGCAUUUUUCUUGUUGAAAAUUAAAUUGUAAAAAUGUUGUUUUUUUGUUUUUGUUUUUUUUAAUGGCUCCUAACUUUUUUAGCUGGGUACUUGAUUCUAAAUAAAUUUGUCAAGACCUGAAGUAGACACCCAUAUGGUUUAUAUUGUAUCUAAAACAUUUUCAUCACUCUAUGUCAAAGUUGGUAAUGUAUUUGUUUUCCCCUCAAUUUAUUUUUAGCAUUUUUACAUGCACAUAGAAUUUUUGCUAGAUAUUUUGUAAAUCUGUGUGCCACUGUGAUAAAAACAUCCAAAUUAUGCUCAGCUAUAUCUUCUAAGUACAACAAUAUCCGUAAAGUAUGGAUUUGUCGCUAAUUUGUAAUGUUGCAGUGCGAAUUGUAAUAGAUCGAUUAAUGGAGCUAUAUCUCAUUUUGGAGUAUUCUAACAGGUUGCUAGUUCAAAUUAACUCACAAAGGCCUACCAUUUCUUAAAGACGACACCUCGGGAUAUCUGAAAUUGCAUAAUUUGCUGAUUAAGAGGCCCCUGUUUUGCUUGUUUGUACCAAGUAUAGUGGGAAUAAGUGUUUUUGUAGCAUUUUAUAGCAUUUCAGCAGACCAUGAUUGCACAUUACCCCACAAAGGCAAAAUGUAUUUUUAAAUAUAAGCAGCUCAUCAAUUCAUGUUAAGAGAGUAUACAAUUUGCUCUAGUCUAGGCCUUCAGCUAUACAAAUGUUUUUUGGAGGGACAUAAAUGAUUUCAAAUGUCUGAUUUAAAGAGACAUUAUGGUCACCAAACAACCUUUUAGCUUUUUAUACCAAUUGUGGUGUAUAGAUCAUGCCUCUGCAAUCCCAUUGCUCAAUUCUCUGCCAUUUUGAAGUUAAAUCACUUUAAGCAGCCCUGGGUACUCCUACCUGCAUGUGACUUACAUAGCCUUCCUUAACACUUCUGUAAAGAGUCUUCUGUUUACAUUUCCUUUAUUGCGAAGCAUGCUAUAUUUAGAAUGUAUUAUCUCCUGCUCUGCUAAUUGCUUGCUAGACCAAGCAAGGGCAUCCUGUAUGUGAUUAAAGUUUAAUUUAGAGAGCAGGAGAACUUUUCUAAUUGAAAAUAAUCUUUGUUUCAUACAGGCUGUCAGUCACAGCCAGGGGAGGUGUGGCUAGGGCUGCAUAAACAAACAAAAGUGAUAUAACUCCAUCAUGGCAUACCAUUUGCAAAUGUAGACAACCCAGUGUAUUCAAAUAGGGUAUGUCCAGUCUUUUGUAGUAGCCACGUAGUCACGAACGCUGGCCAAAGUUAGUGUUUUUAAAAAAAAAUUUGCAUUUUUUUUUUAAACAAAAACUGCACUUUCACUAUCAUUGUUGUUAUACGUUUUACUGUUUUUAAACACUCAUAUUUGUCUUCAGCAAAGUCUCAAAAGUAUAACAGUACCCCCCAUGUACACGUUUUAUAGUGUUUUUGAAAUUUACAGGGUCAAAUAUGAGGCUUACCAAUUUCAUUUUUUCAUUGAAAUUGGCCAAAUUGAUUGUUGCCUUUUGAUACCGUAUGGUAGCCCAGGAAUAAAAAAAUUACCCCCAUGAUGGCAUACCAUUUGCAAAAGUAGACCACACAAGGUAUUGCAAAUAGGGUAAGUCCAGUUUUUUCUAGUAACCAAAGUUAGCGUUCAUAUUUGUUUUUUUGCAUUUUUCACACACAAACAAAUGUAAAUGCUAACUUUGGCCAGUGUUUGUGACUAAGUGGCUACUACAAAAGACUGGACAUAUACCCCAUUUUGAAUACCCUAGGCUGUCUACUUUUUCAAAUGGAAUGUCAUGGUGGGGUUUUUUUCAUUUUUGGGUUGCCGUACCUUCUCAAAGGCAACAUAGCCAAUCUGGCAAAUAGCAAUUUACAAAAACAGAAUUUGGGAAAUCUUAUGUUUGACCCAGUAACUUUCCAAAUCACCAUAAAAUCUGUACUUGAAGGGUACUGUUGUACUCGUGAGACAUUACUCUACACAAAUAAGUGUUUUAGAGCAGUACAAUGUGUUGUACUGAUAUCAUCGGUGAAAUGGCAGUUUGUGUUUAAAAAAAAAAAACUAAUGUAAACGCUAAUUUUGUCCAGGGUUUGUGACCAAGUGGCUACUAAAAAAGAGUGGACAUACCACAUUUUGAAUACCGUGGGUUGUCUACUUAAAAUAUAAAUAUAUAUAUAAUAUAUAUAUAUAUAUAUAAAUUUAUUUUUUUUUUUUUCAAAAUCCUUUGGAGUGCUCCUUUAUUGAUUGGAUAAAAUAUAUAUAUAUUCUAUCCAAUCAAUAAAGGAGCACUCCAAAGGAUUUUGAAAAAAUGUUUAUAAUCCGAUGUUUAAAAAAAAAUCCAAUCAUCAACGUUUCGACCCAAUAGGGUCUUUAUCAAGAUAACAACCUUUAAUUAGUGACAAUAUAUACAGAAAUAAAAAUAGAUCUAACUUACCCCACCUGAGAAGUUAUCCCCUCUCACAAAGUGCUGCUGAAUAGUGCGCAUGCGUAGUGACGUCACCGGAACGGUGCGUCAUGACGUGUGUGUGCGUACGUGUGUAGUGACGUGGUCAUAUGACCCCAUGGACCGCAAGCGUGUCCAUGGAAACCUAAACCAAAUAAAAACAAAGCAAAAAAAAGGAGGUAGAAAAUCUACAGAUCGGACCAGAGUCAUAAAGAUAUUGAUAAGCCACAAUCCAGAUAUAAUAAACAUAUUAAUUCACUGAGUGUAGGUAUGGAGCAGAUGUGAAAAAGGAAACCAAAUAAGAGCUUAUAAGAAUAAAGACAAUAGUAUAUGAAAAAAGGUAAAUGAGACGUGUGAAAACAAGUAAGAGCCUCUAAAGAAAAAGGUAAAACUAUGGCAUGUGAAAAGGUGUAAAAAAUAUAAUAAAUACAGAAAAAAUAAUAAUAAAAAAUAUAUAAGUGUGAAUGUAAUAAAAAGUGAGAAAUAUGUGUAUGCACAUAUACACCUCAGAAAAAUGUGAAAGAAAAAGAUAAGACCUAAUACACCCAAGAAUCCUAGACAUAUAAAAUCCAGUAAUAUGAAAUCCAUGUAUAAUUGAAACUAGGUCCGAUGAUAAUUCCAGAUAUAAAUCUAAUAUAAGGCAAUCUUACUAAUGGACAAAAAAAUCUACAUAAUAAUAUGUGUAUGUGUAUGUAUAUAUGUGUAUGUAUAUAUGUGUAUGUAUGUAUGUAUGUAUGUAUGUAUGUAUAUAUAUACUCUAUAUGUUAAACUCCUUCACAUAUAUCGGGUAGAUAAACUUCACAAUUUAAACUUUUACAAUGAAAAGAGAGUACAAUGAAAAGAGUUUCCCAUCUCUAAAAGCCAUCAUUAUGACCCCAUGACGGCUUUUAGAGAUGGGAAAACAGACAAACUGGUGGCUAAACACUUCCUUGCAUUUAACCACAGACUACCUACGCUUAAGUUUAUUGCUAUAGACGUUAUACCUAUUCCAACAAGGGGAGGAGACCGGUCAAAAUUACUACUCCAAAGGGAGACCUUUUGGAUUAAACAAUUGGAUACGUUACAACCCAAGGGAUUGAACGAAUAUGUUUCAUUUAACUCAUUUUUGGAGAGAUGUUAGUCUAGUUUUGAUUUUUCUAGGCAUUGAGCCCUACAUUACAUGUUUUCUGUACUCUCUUUUCAUUGUAAAAGUUUAAAUUGUGAAGUUUAUCUACCCGAUAUAUGUGAAGGAGUUUAACAUAUAGAGUAUAUAUACAUAUUAGAUUUUGUUUGUCCAUUAGUAAGAUUGCCUUAUAUUAGAUUUAUAUCUGGAAUUAUCAUCGGACCUAGUUUCAAUUAUACAUGGAUUUCAUAUUACUGGAUUUUAUAUGUCUAGGAUUCUUGGGUGUAUUAGGUCUUAUCUUUUUCUUUCACAUUUUUCUGAGGUGUAUAUGUCCAUACACAUAUUUCUCACUUUUUAUUACAUUCACACUUAUAUAUUUUUUAUUAUUUUUUCUGUAUUUAUUAUAUUUUUUACACCUUUUCACAUGCCAUAGUUUUACCUUUUUCUUUAGAGGCUCUUACUUGUUUUCACACGUCUCAUUUACCUUUUUUCAUAUACUAUUGUCUUUAUUCUUAUAAGCUCUUAUUUGGUUUCCUUUUU